AUGUGAGCAGGCUGGUGUGCUGUGAUGCCGACGAUAAUAUUCACAUAAGCUGUUACGCAUAAAGAAGGAAUUGCGCAUAAUCAUUUGGAAUAUAAAGCUGUGGUUAAUUUUAAAUAACAUGACAGGCUGGUAAUACUUUUUCUCUUACUCGCUCAUUGUUUUUGAUGGCAGCGUCAACUCCUCUGGUCUCUCCUCUUUUAAGUCACAAGCAACGUCAGGCCGCUGCAAGGAAAGAAAGAAGAAAACGGAAAAGACAAGCAAUUGCCAAAGCAAGAGACUGUGGGUUUGAAAAUGAAGCGACUCUUGAGGAGGAAGGUGAAAAUAAUGUGACUGAUGAUGAGGAAAGUCGGCGGCUGCAUGAAGAGUGGCUUGAAAGAGAGCGACAAGCUCAGGAGGAGUUUAGGGUGAAAUUUGAAAGAGAGGAAGCAAUAAGGAAGCGGAAAGAGGAAGAAGAGCGGUUGAUAAGAGAGGAGUGGGAGGCGCAGCAGAAAAAAGAACAAGAAGAAAAGGAGAAGAAGCUGCAGGAGAAGCGAGAGAGAGAGGAGGCCAUACAGAAAAGGCUGGAUGAAGCUGAAAGCCAGCUGGCAAAUGGGGGUCCGUGGAUGAACCCUGAAGCUCCAGUGAAAGAGAACUCUGAGAACUAUGGAACUGAACGGGAUGUUGCCAACUGUCCCUUCUUCCUCAAGACAGGAGCCUGUCGCUUUGGAGACAGGUGUUCAAGGAAGCAUGUUUAUCCGACAUCCAGUCCGACGUUAAUGAUCCGCGGGAUGUUUGUGACUUUCGGCAUGGUGGAAGCUCGCCGUGAUGACUACGACGGCGAUGCCUAUCUGGAGCACAGCGAGGAGGAUCUGCUGGAGUCGUUCACUGAGUUCUACCGGGACGUCUUGCCUGAGUUCAGGAGUGUUGGCAAGGUGGUGCAGUUCAAGGUCAGCUGCAAUCAUGAACCGCACCUGAGAGGAAACGUGUAUGUUCAGUUUGAAACAGAGGAGCAGUGCAAACAGGCCUUCGUCAAGUUCAACGGUAGAUGGUACGCAGGCCGACAGCUUCACUGUGAGAUCAGUCCGGUGACGCGGUGGAAGAACGCCAUUUGUGGAUUGUUUGACAGGCGCAAAUGCCCCAAAGGAAAGAAUUGCAAUUUUCUGCACGUCUUCCGGAACCCUGGCAAUGAAUUCUGGGAAGCAGACAGGGACAUGAACGUGUCACCAGACCGCAGUGUCCGUGGGAGUCGCAGAGACGGCUGGAAUUCGGAGAGAAACACGGAACGUUCUUGGAGAAACCGUCAGAGCAGCAGAAGCCCCGUUAGAUCAGAGAGGUCACACAGUAGACGACAGAGCAACAGUUGGAGGAGCAGAAGUCGGAGCACAAGCAGGGAGAGGAGGAGCUCGUACCAGCAUCGAAGUGAGAGGUGGUCCAUACGAUCCAGACACAGCAUGAGAGGCAGAGAUCAACGCAGUCGGAGCAGAGAGAGGUCGCGGAGUCGAGGGCGAGAUAGAAGAAGAAGCAGGAGCAGAGAGAGGUCGCGGAGUCGAGAGCGAGACAGAAACGGUAGCAGAGAGCGGUCGCGGAGUCAAGAUAGAGGAAGACAUAGGACCAGAGAGCGGUCACGGAGUCGAGAUAGAGAAAGAAAUGGGAGCAGAGACAAAGAGACCAAGAAUGGCCCCAGAGAGAAAAGCAUGGAUGCUGAUGACAACCAGAGCAAACGGUCAAGGAGCAAAAGCAGAGAAAGAGGAGCGAGCCCAAAACAGCAUGAGGGAAACGGAAAGCCUACGAAAGACAAAACCAACGGUCGGCGCCACAAACACUCGAAGAAGAGCAAGAAAAAGAGUAAGAAGAAGCACAAGAAGAAAGAUCGUGUGUCAGAGCAGGGCUCUUCCUCUGGUGAGUCGGACAAGGAGAAAGGGCUGGAAACGGAGACAUCACAGAAUCAUGUGGAUUCAAGUCAUGUUCAAGACUCACAGCUAACUGAGGCUCUGUCACCAAAGACUGUCGCUGUGCCACAGCCUGAAGACUGAUCUGCUCAGUGUUGGUCGACAGAUGAACUCCUCGGGUGGGAUGCUAGGUGAAAGCAUUUGAAAGUCUGUUUUCUUUCAUCUUGGUU